UAUUUUUACUGAACAAGGUCCGCUCCACAACCUCAACACCUUCCUCACUUCCCAGAUUCCAAAAAUUUCCAUUCUUUCUCGGCCUCUGCACUCUUCUCUAUCACUCUCUCUCUCUCUCCCUCUCAGGUAUUGACUGCUGUGAAACCCUAAUUUGGCUGCUGUGGCUGUGAAGUCUGGGAGGAAUUGGGGUUUUGGUCUUUUGUGAUGGAAGUUGAAGAAGGAAAAUGCAAUGGAGAUAGCGUGGAGUGUGCUAUGGUAGCUCAAUGCUCCAACAUUGAAGCCAAUGGUUUUGGAGUUGCGAUUCGUAAUGGCAUUGCCAAGAGCAGCUCCUCGGGGCAAAGUGAGGGUAUUCGGACUUACAAGAGGCGGAGGCAUGAGAUGUGGAGUUGGGAGAGUAAGUCACAUGAAGAUGAGAGAGCUAAUGGGGAAUCGUCGAGUCAGAUGGUGGACCAGCGUCUAAAGCAGCCAGUGGGCCCAGUUAUUAACAACACCUCUUGUGAGCAACAUCUUCGAAGAAAUAGUUUUAAUGAUUGCUCAGAGGCACACUGGAGAAAUGUCAUACUGGAGCGCAUGUGUCAGUCAGUAAGUGAUGAUGAAGGUGGUGUACAGGUGUGCAUCAGAGAAGCCCUAGGCCAUCUUCGAGAAAUUGAUCACACACUGCCUAUGGAAUCUGAUAAUCAUAAUGAGGAUAGGCGCAAGUAUUGGCUGCCAGUACGGUCAGUCUGGAAUGGACCUCAUAAUGUAGCCAGUGGGCAGGAGGAUGUUAUAUCCAAUGGGUCUUCAAGUAAAUCAAAGCAUCAUACAGUCACUUCAACGUGCCAACAUGCUUUUUUCAAUAUCCUAGUCUCACAGAAGUUUGCUUCAUUGUGCAAACUGCUGUUACAAAAUUUUCAAGGAAUCAAGGCUGACAGCAUUUUUGACCUCAAAUGCAUAAACUCAAGAAUGAAAAGUGGAGUUUAUGAAGAUUCACCGUUGCUCUUCUCAAACGAUAUGCAACAGGUAUGGAGAAAGCUUCAAGUGGUUGGUACAGAAUUGAGUUCCCUUUCGAAAAGCCUAUCGGACAUGUCAAGGACUUGCAAGGACCAGGUCGGAGGUUCAGGCUACAACACAUUUGAAGACGGGAACAAUGAGUUCCAAGUCUUGGAAUCUGACUCUCAUACUAAGCUGGAGCAGACAGAGGAUUGGGGUGUAUACACAGUAUGCACUUGCAGGCAAUGUGGAGACAAGGCAAAUGUGAGUAAUUGUCUAGUAUGUGAUUCAUGUGAGGAAAUGUACCAUGUAUCUUGCAUUCAGCCUGCCGUCAAAGGCAUUCCUUCAAAAAGUUGGUAUUGUGCAAGUUGCACUGCUUGUGGUAUUGCAUCACCGCAUGAAAACUGUGAAGUGUGUGAAAGGCUGAUUGCCAGCAAAAGUGCAACUGAUGGAGUUGGCGGUGAAAAUGAGGAAACAUUCAAUGAGUUGGGAGAUAACUCCAACUAUAGUACAUAUGAUGGAGUUCAAUUAUCUGAAGAGGACGGUGACUUGAAUCUUUGCAAAGUUUGUGGAGCUGUGGUAAAGGGUGAGAUGGUGAAGAUUUGUGGUCAUCCAUAUUGCAUGAACAAAUACUACCACACGAGGUGUCUGACGGCAGGGCAGUUAAAGCUGCAUGGUCCACGUUGGUACUGCCCUUCUUGUUUGUGCAGAGAUUGUCUCACUGAUAAAGAUGAUGAUAAGAUCGUUCUUUGUGAUGGCUGCGAUCAUGCUUUCCAUAUCUAUUGCCUGAACCCACCACUAUGUGACAUUCCAAACGGAAAAUGGUUUUGCAGAAAAUGUACUGCAACAAUUCAGAUGAUACGCAGGGCAAAAAAAGCUUAUCAGAAAAAUGAAAAGCAACUGGAUAAGAAAAGUGAAGGAUCAAUUGACUGGAAUAAUAAAGUUGAUGAUGGGGUAUCAGAACAAGGUAGGGGUGGAAUGGACGUGCUUCUGCAUGCAGUUAAGACUCUAGAUCAUCAAAAAGAUAUGGCUGCCAUGGAGAUAAUGAGAAGUUUACAGGACUGAUGGAGUUUGUAGCGAUUUAGACUUUGAUUUUGAUACACUGAAUGAAUUUCUGUUUUGGUCUGUCAUUUAUGGGGGAUAUUCCAAGUGAAAGAUUUAAUGACGGAGAAUCGGAACAAUAUAGAGGCAUUUUAGCAGGAUAUCUGUGACAACUGCCUGCCAUUGAGGCUAUUUGAGAUGCAGUCAAGACACUAGAUCAUGAAAGGAGAUGAAGUGUUAACAAUAUGACAUUUCCAGGACUGACUAAUUCUCUGUGAGUAACGAUUUUGAUUUUGUAGUUAUAUAACUCUAGGCUAAGAAUGUCUUUAUUGCUGCCUUUUUGUGGGGAAUACUUUUGUAGGUUGUAAACCCUGUUGAUUCUGCUGACUAUGGAUACAUAACACAUCGAAAGAACAUGAUUUCAAAGGCUGUUUGUGUAGCUUGCUCCUUGCCGAAGUGCAGGAUUUGAAAAAAAAGAAAAGGACAUAGCAAUUGGGUAUACGACCAUUUUCAGAACUACCACCCAGAAUACUGGUGGUCUGUAACAUUUUACUGUGUAAGUAGUAACUCUAGGAGGGAAUCUGAAUGUAGUUCUUCUGUUGUUGAAAGAAGACGGUUCUUCAAAAUGAUAAAUGCUUCAUGUUCUUCUUGAUCAUAUAUCUCCAAUCUUCUGUUAUC